AUGUCGCAUCAAGCGCCCGUAGAGGAUGAUGAUCAUCAGUCCAGGAAAAGUGUGCGUCAGCAAUCGAAUGCUGAUUCCACAGAAACUUCUACUGCCGCAGAAAGCAAUGACGAUGCACCUCCAUUCAGAAGCAUUGGAUCUGUACUGUCUCAAUACUUGAUCCACAGACUGUCAAAAGAGCAGCAUCUUAGCAAUGCUUCAGCAAGUUACAGUCUUUGUGACAAAGAUGUCAAUGACUCCAGCGUCAUCCAAGCUAAUGAGCUGCAGGCCACCGUAUCCACCAUGGUGAUGUACUACUCAUAUUUGUCCUCUGGACCAGGACUUGUGUCUGCACUGAUUAUCGGGGCAUACGCUGACGCCAUGGGCAGACGAUUUACUCUGCUUCUUCCAUUGUCUGGUAUGACAGCUAAGAUUCUGAUAAUUGUCAUUAUUAUGAAAUUUGAUCUGGACCUCCGGCUUUUGUACCUCGCCUUCGGUGUUGAUGGACUAACAGGAACCGGUUUUGUGGUCAUUAUCGCAAUGUGUACAAUCAUCGCAGACACCAACGCAACAAAAGUCGAUCGAAUCUUCUGGCUAACGUUAAUUAACGUCAUGGGCAGUAUCUUUGUAUCUGUGUCCAACAUCGUCUCCGGAAUUUGUAUUGAAGAAUUCGGUUACUUUCCAACGUCACUGUUUCUUACGGCAGCUUCAGCUUUGUGUUUCCUAAUUCCUUUCUUCUUUCUCGCAGAAACGAAACCUAACCAGUUGGUGCAAACUUUGAAUCUUUGUACAAACGUAAGAAGAGUUUUUGGGUUUUUCCUUUUUGAUGGAACUCUUCGGCAUAAGCUGACUUUUAUUGUAUCUAUAUCAAUGUUUUUCUUUGCUGUAAUAAACGAAUUUGGAGGUAUGACUAUAGACACGCUGUACCAGCUCCACAAACCUUUUUGUUGGAACUCAAAACUUAUAGGGUAUUACAGCGCCCUGAAAAGCGGCGGCGCUUAUUUCCUAGCCAUGUUUUUGCUAGCCGCCCUCAAGUCUCGUGUCAAGAUGGAGUAUGUUGGACUACUUGCUGCUGUCUCCCAAGGAGCGUCUUAUUGUUUGCAGGCUUUUGUCAAAACUACAUGGCAGUUCUUUUUGGUGCCCAUUGUUGCGGUCCCAGGCUGUCUGAUUACCUCAGUGAUCCGUGGUUUGAUGUCUUCUCUGGCGCGACCUGAGAGCCAAG